GCGCUUGACGGUGGUGGUUGUCGAUGGUGCUGCUGGGCGCGUGCUGCUGCAGGCCCUGCUGUGCCUGCUGGGCCUGUUGGGUGGCAGCCUGCACGGCCUGGGCCACAGUCUGAGGGGUAGAGUUGGGGUCCAUGGUUGGGCUUGGCGGGCGCGUUGGAGAGGGUGCUUGCAGAGGGCCGGAUGUCUUGGCUGCUGCAAAGUCUAGUGCGCCGCUCGGGGCGAAUACGAUGACCAACACGAGCAGACGAGGCGUGCGUGUGGAAGGGGAAACAAGGAAUAUAUGGCCAGUCCAGCAGAGUACGGCGCGGACAGGUGUAAGGCAGGAGGGAGAAGAGCGGUGGGGGAUGGAGGCGAGGGUAAGACGAGGAGGAAUUUCUGGGCGUCGGAGCGGAGGGGGGGUCCUUAAGUGCAAGGGCAAGAGCGGAACGAGGAGGGCCUGGCUUGGCAGCGGAAAGGGCAACACUGCCACACCACGCGUACCUACAAGUAGGAUGGCCGCCGGGGUGGCCCAAACUCUAUUGUCUGCCUUUCCCCCAUCGUCCUACCUGCCACUCCCUUCCAGCCGGCGUGCCCUUCGCCUUUGCGCAUGGUUCGUCCCGUUCGCCUCAGCGAGCAGCCGGCGCAUCCGCCAAGCCACUAGCGCCUUGGCAACAUUCUGCACCUCUUUCCAACAACGGGGCUCGGUACAGGGUCGGUGAUUGUUCGCUGAUGGCGAUCUGUUGAUGACGAGAGGACAAUAGCGACGGGUGGGGGGUGAUGGAAGCAGAAGGCUGAAUGCCCAUCGGGAUCAGAUCUGGCCUCAUGAAAUGCAUCGUGGAGGGCCGACGGGGUGUGGA